CCUGAGGCUGUGGAUGAGAUGUUGCCAAUUUGCCAGAAUCUUGUUGCUUGUAUGCCAGACCAAUUAGAUUGCAUAAAUAAAUUUAUUGCGAACACUUACGAGAAAGAUAUGAUGUGUACAGCAAAACUUAUCAACGAAUACGAGGAAGGAAAGAGACCGUUUGCACUUGUUCAUGGCGACUUAUGGGCUCCUCAAGUACUGUGGCGGGAUGAAGAAACUAUUGGCGGUAUAGUAGAUUGGCAAAUGGUCCAUCGCGGAAGUCCCGUAAGUCAAUUCUGUUUCUCGCAAACACUCGAAUGUAUGCUCACUUUUACCGAAAAAGAAGAUGACGACGCUAUUCGCACAUCACAGUAUGCUUAG